CUUCACCAAAUCAACACGUUCUUUCGCGCUUUCUCACUCCUCACGGUGACUUUUGCGCCAGUCGCAUUUCACGCGACGCCUUUUCCUCAUUGCUUCACAGUCAAGCUUAUUUGGCAUCCCACACUCUAGCGAUCGACUUGCAGCAAGAUAUGGGACGGCGCAUCCGAUGAACAGGCCGUACUCCAAGCGCGUUCGGCUGAAACCAGCAUCUACUCUCCUCACAUGAACGAGCAUGCCGAUGGAAGCGAGCUACCAGAGCUGACGGAUGACGAUGUCGAAAUCCUUUAUGCAAUCUGCAAGCGCGCGUCCGACGCGGCGGGACCACCUUUCAAGGCGCUGUUCGCGGCCUACGACGAAGUCUUUGGCGAGCAACACAUCUCGCAGCAGCACGAUGGAGUGGUAUUCAGAUAUCUCAUGCGCGUCGGGGAGAGCACAAGAGGCGCGGAUCGCGGACCUACGAGGGCCAACUUGGUUGAACAGUUGAGAAGUGUUCUCGAGGCCCACGGGAUCUCGUUCGUCGCUCCCUUCGAGGAUGAUGUGGCGGACGGCACCCAAUCGGUCAACGCUUCGAGUCCCUACAGAAACACCCAUCUGCAGAGCCCGAGGCGACGAGUGUCCUUCGAUGACGCACGCUUAAAUGAAACCUGGCUCAGCCAGCACACCGAAUCUCUGCAACCAGUAAUCGAACCUCCUACAUACUCUGGACUUCUCGGCCUACCUGCGAGACGUGUCAGAGACGGGACGGCCCCAAGACGUGCCAGGUCGACGAGUGCACAGCGUGGAUUGCAACGGACUACCACAGCAUUACCGCCCUCCCAACCAGUCCAUUCCCACCAGGACGACUUCAUUCGUGCAAAUUUCUUCGUCAACCUUUCGGAGGGACAACUGGAAGAGAACGCCGAAGCAUUCCUAUCGACAUCUGCACUGCGUUCCGCUCGGAAAUCCCUGCACGCCUGGUACCGUAGCGCCAUUCAAAUGCACCAAUUCCGCACACAAGCAUCCUCCAUUGCUAUCGCGCACGAUCGGCGCACACUCCUCAGCCAAGCGAUCGAUCAAUGGCGUGCUGCUCUUGAUAUCCGGCGGCAGGAAAACCUCAGACUGAAGGUGCUCGAACACUUGGAAGAACGAGCGACACGCUAUCGGGAUCUUUAUCUUCUCACCAAAGCUUUCACUCACUGGGCGAUCUCCAGCAGCAUAGAACGCAUCCGCACUGCGGUGGCUCAGCGACAUGUCCUCAAAGUCACUUACUUUAAGAAGUGGAGAGCAAUUGCCCAUCAAAAUCAGCAGAAGGCGAAAAGCAUUCUGACUCGAAAGUACGUGGCGGCCUGGCGGGAGAAAACGGCUCGAAGGCUGCUGCGGCAGGAGCAGGCUACCGCGCAUUACGAGGACAGGUUGAUGAGACGCUGCAAAACCUUGUGGUUCUGGCAAUUCUGCAGCCGACGUGUAAGCAGUUGGCACGACGACAACAUCCAAAGACGAACAUUUAGACGUCUGCGAGAAAACUUCAACAUUCGUCAAAGUCGAGAACAUCACGCGGAGACCUUGAACACAUCUGCGCUCGCUCGUCAAGCUUUGCACUGUUUCUCUGAGCGCUUGGAGGAUCGACACCGGGACGGCUCGACCGCGGAGCGACACUUUCAGCAAAUCGUUACCAUCAAGACACUCCGCUUCGUGCAGGUUCAGACGAAGCUUGCACCCAUUUCGCAUUCUUUGCGAGCGAGCUUUGAUGUUAAUCUCAAACGCAAAACCUGCAAGAUAUGGAACCUGCGUGCAUCACUAUAUCGCCAGGCUACCGAAAUCGAUCAUCGGCGCAUCCUUCAAGCAGCAUGGACGAGGUGGAACGAAGCCCUUCGCUGCAGAGCGCUGGCGCUGAGGAUGAAUGAGAGGGUCCUGCUGGAAAAUCUCUACCGAUGGGUGCUGCAGGAACGAUGCAAGUUGUUCAAGCGCAUGAGCGAUGACAGAUUGCUCAAUCGAGCCUUGGCGUGGUGGACCGUCCGAGUCCAAGAAGAGAAAGACCUGCUCUCCGAAGCAGCGAGGGUGUUUGAGGAGAGAGAGCGACGACGUCGAUUAGCGACAGGCAUGCUUCGCCUCCAUUCCAUGCUGCGGACGCGUGAGGACGCCGAACGAGCAGCCCUGGAGAUGGCCAACGCACGCACCAUGCCGAAGAUACUCGACGCCUUGAAAGAGAGGGGAGACCAUCUCAAGCGACUCGCAAAGUGGGCAGCAGACGCAAGGUUCUAUUUCCUGUGCACUUCCACUCUACGCACGUGGCAAGCAAGAUCUAGCGAGGCCAGGCAUAGUCGCAAGCGCAAUGCUUACAUCGAGAUUCGAGCUCGAGUCAAGAUCCGGCUUGUUGGAGACUGUUUUGGUUAUUGGCGAGCCCGGACCGGUGUGGUAGGUUCAAUGCACGAAGAGGCAGAGCGUCGUGCAUUGGGCAAGUCUGCAGAUAUCGGUCGGACAGCUUUCUAUCGCAUGCGAGAGAAGACCGCGCAGUACACAGAUCUCGACAUCCAAGCUGCAAACACGGACCAUCUGAAGCUCUUCCGGGCAGCGCUUUCGGCCUUGUCUCAACGCCAGGCAGAUUUAGGCGAGGUGGAAAGACGCGGGAUUGAGUUCCGCGGCGAAACAGAUCUGACUCUGAUGACGGGCGCGCUAAAGAGAAUGCAAUGGGCGACCUUCACCGUCACGAGGAAGGUGGAGAGCGCGGACGCGCUAUUGGCUCGAUACCGAGAUCAACACAUCAAGCACAUGAUCCGGCAUUGGGCCGCACAGGCUGCAGCAAAGAGGGCUGCUGUGACCUUCGAUCCCACGACAGCCGAGCAGGAUCCAGAGAGCCCCAGUCUCCGGCCCGCAAGUCGAGCAGCCUCGCACUCAGUACCGCCGAGCUCACCGUCGGAGGGUCGAAUAUUGCACUCUACCCCAGGAUACCUGCGUACCCCCUCUCGUUCGAAGCGUGCAGCGAGAUUCAAGCCUCUACCUGCCGUUGUACCAUUCACGCCGAUGGCCAUUGAGCCCUCGUACUUCGUUACGACCCCAGCUCCGGCAUUGAACCAGCAGGGCGCAGACGAGUCAAUGCUCGGCCUUACUCCCCAGGUGACCCCUUUUGAGCGCAAGCUGAGAGCUGGCGGAUUUGCGCCUCCUCCGCCAUCUGCUCUGAGGGCUUCGGCGGUCUCCAGCUUCGUGAAUCCAAUAGCUGGCACGGCAAAGAGUGUGCGUUUUGCAGGAAGCAGCAGGUUUCGACGGACGAAUGAUGACGGCCAUGAGAAAGAUAGCUGAUGACCUACAUGAAUGAAAUGACACACCACUGACUCAUGCUCCGUCCAUCCCUUAUUACUCCCAUGUCGUGCUUUAAUGAGCCGCUCUCCUGAGCUUUCCUGUGCACCAAGGCAACUCAAAACUUCUUAAGCCCACAAUUACUGCUUUGCGACGCUGAGAUGGCCCCAGGCAGGUCUCGAGCGAGAAGGGCGCAGAGGAGAAGAACGGUCGCGUCUCGCUAGCUGCUGCGGCGAGCACGGCGCUGAUGGUUCGCAUCUUGCCUGCCAGUCUUCUGGGCAUCGAUCCAGGGAGUCAGUCAGGUAGACAACAAGCCCGCUCUCCGGCCAGAGUGGUUCGCAGAAGACAAUAUGGCUCGAGCAACUCAUCUCCGCUCUCCCCAGCUGGAGAUUGGAUCCCAUGGAGUGGCACCAGGGCUCUGGAAGAACCGUUUGGGGCUCUGGGAUGCAGCGACACAUCUUUGAGGAUAAUGAAUAG